AAAAUUUGAAGAGUGGUGAAAAAAAACACAGCAGACAGCUCUGCACGUGAUACCAAAAAAGGGUACACAACCCUGUCGUCGCGUCGAUGUUACACCCCAAAUUAAAAUCCAGGAACGGCAGCACAGAAUCAUAACAAGCCCGAUGACCGAGGUUAUGAGCCGUGGAGCGUUCCUUUCGAACGAGAAGGACUACAACCAUGCUACCGACAAGCAGUACGAGAUCCUAAGACAGAAGGCCGACAGAGCAUACCAGCAGAAACAGCACUUCUCGAGCGAGUCGCAGCGCGCGUACAAGCAGGGAAACGGAGCUGCCGCAAAGGAGUUCUCGGAAAAGGCCAAGAAGUAUGCCCAAGAAGCUGAAAACUAUAACCGGCAGGCCGCAGAGUACGUGUUUAAGGAGAACAACCUGGACUCUGACUGCAACGACAUCGACCUGCACGGUUUGUAUGUGAGAGAAGCCCAGUAUAUCCUUAAACAACGUAUCAUCAACGGUAUCAGCAGAAAUGAGCACCAUCUGGAGUGUAUUGUCGGCAAAGGGCUACACUCCAAAAACGGCAUAGCCAAGCUGAAGCCUGCUGUCGAGCAACUUUGCAACGAGGCCGGCCUGAAAAAUUACAUUAACCCAAAAAACACCGGUGUUUUGAUCAUUGAGCUGGCUGGCGCUCGAAUUCCGGCCUCUUGGAGCGACAUCAAUCCAAACGGCAUUGGCGCCAUGAAUGAGCACCAGAACGUUCCAGACGACGACCACGUCCAAUUGCAAGGAGGACAGCCGUACCAGCAGCAACCGCAGUAUCAACAACAACCGCAGUACCAGCAGCCAAAUGCCCACCAGCAGUCUAUGUUUGAGCAACUCAACACCCCGCAGAACCAAAAAAUCGCUCUUAUGGUUGCAAACAAGAUAAGAGAGCUGAUCUCGGCUACUCGAAGGUCUGCGCGGAACAUCCGCCAGGCGCUCGAUGACGUUGCCGAGCAGCUGGUCGCCAAACAGCGGCAACGACAGCUGGAAUUACAGCUCGAACGCGUGCCGGUUCGAAUUCCGACAAAGAGUCAUCCUCUGGCCAACCGCAGAGCUCGCGGCGUCCAGUUUGGCGCUUUUGCCGGUUCUCAGCGCUAUUAUUCCACCUCACGCAGAGUGCCAGUACAUUUCCGUGCGGUCUCAAGAUCCUCUGUGUCGUCUGUCACCAGAAACAUUGUAUAUCAGGUGCAGCCUUUUAGAGUUACAUUCCGAGCCGGGUGCAACUAUGCGCCUUCUUCACUAUAUUCCAAUUUCGCCCGUCACAAUGCGAGAAUGUAUUCCACCUACGGCCAGACCUUAACGUCACAGGCAGCACAGAAUCUUUCGCAGGGACUCCGUGCCUCGUUUCUCAAGGGCCACGAGCUGCAAAGCAAGCUGAUGGGAAGAGACUCCAACGGCUCGCAGAACGUCAACCAGCACUUUGUUGAGCACAACAUGCAACUUGCCAGAGCCGAGAGUGAGGUGGAGGGCUGUGUUGUCGAGUUUAGUCUCAAGUGCCACGAGCGCGCACUGCCUAAGAAAUUCCUCUUGGACGACGAGAUUAUGCAGGAGUUUGAAAACGCCUAUCUUGUGAACGAGUUCCAGUACCGCAUGCUGAUAUUGAACGACAUCAAACGUUUGAAGGAGAUCAUAGGCGUGACUGUCAUCGAACAUCUGGAAGAUAGGAACCUUAUCCGAUGUCAUUUCCCCAAUUGCGACGUACCCAAGAUGGAGACCAUGCUUGCCGAGUCUGGGAUUCGAAGUGGCGUAGUCAAAGCCGUUGAGAGCCGCUCUGUAUCUUUGUCUAGCGAUGAUGUUUACUCGCUCAGCUUCGACUCAUGCGAUUCCCCAGAUUUUGACAAUUUCGACGACUUUCUUUCCUCAGACUCUUCUGCUUCCGAAGACGAUCCGCUCUUCUUUUUUGACGAGCAUCCGGUGCUUUCCUCCAGUGAAGGUUUGGAAUUUCUAGCGCCAGAUAUUCCUGUAAGUGAGAUCUACAACGACAUGGACGCAAUUAUCAUGGUUGAGGACGGGACUAGGUAAGUUACAUAUGAAUUGAUUUUUGAAUGAGACACGAA